GCAGCACCGGGGCUCCAGGCAGCCCAUCAGCUCUGCGGACCCCGGCUCUGACACACAGGUUCCCCUCCUCAGCUCUCCAAAGCAUGCCAUCUGAGCGAUAGGCUGCUUCUGUACGGGAGAAGUCUUGUUUCUACCGCCGACAUGAGUGAGAUCAAGGUUGCUGUGCUGGGCAGUGAAGGGGUCGGGAAAUCAGCUCUCAUCGUCCGGUUCCUCACCAGACGAUUUAUUGGGGAGUACGCCUCAUCUUCAGAGUGCAUAUACAGAAAGCGUCUAUCAGUGGAUGGGAAACAGAUCAAUCUCCAGCUCUAUGACCCCUGCUCUCAGGCAUAUGAGGGAAGGUCUACUGUAAACGAGCAGAUCCAAUGGGCUCAUGGUUUCAUCGUGGUCUACGAUAUCAGCGACCGCUCCUCCUUCCUCACCGCCAAAGCCAUAGUACACCUCAUCAGAGAGCUACGCCUGGGAACUGGCAAAAGGAACGUGGACUCGCUCAUAUUUCUGGUGGGCAACAAGCAGGACCUGUGCCACAUGAGAGAGGUGCGGCGUGAGGAAGCUCAGUGUCUCGCUGCCGAGUGUCGCUGCCAGUUCUACGAGCUGUCAGCCGCUGAGCACCACCAGGAAGUGGCGCUCAUAUUCUUCAAGAUGGUGCAAAAUGCUAACGUGGGCAGCAAGGCUAAGGAGCGCAGGAGACGCCCCAGCGGCUCCAUGGCCAAACUCAUCAACAACGUCUUCGGAAAGAGGAGGAAAUCAGUGUGACGGGGCAAAUACAUGGACAGCUGUCAGUCAAGGCUGGAUCAGUUUCUUGGCUUGGCUUUGUGUUUCCAAUUGUGUUGGGUGAGAUGUUAAUUAAACUGAUGUCUAUACGUGUUAUUGUGAGUAGAAGACAUCAUGCUCAGUGAGUCUGCUUGCUGUUAAACUCAACUGAUUCAUGAUUUUGUGUUUUCCUUUCCUGUAGUAUGUUAUAUAGGUUUCUGUGCAUGUAAAUGGUCCACAAAGGCUGAUAUCCCAACGUUUCUCACCCACAAAAUCCCCCCUCCCCCUGCCGGAAACGCUCCAUUGGACUCCUUUGUUUACUUCCAUAACAUAGUGACACUACUACGUA